GGCCUUGCCUCCCUCCCUCCCUCCCUCCUUACCUGGGCUCAGGUGUGCUUCACUUAUAAAGCCCCACCUCACGGCAACAGCUGUCAUCGCCCUUGAGCCCUGCGUCCGGUGGCGCAGCUGUGUCCACAGAGGCCUCAAGGUCCCAUCAUCUGCGCCAUGGGCCACUCUCUAUGCGCGGCCACCGCCCUGGCCUUGGCCUUCCUGCUCACAGCAGAGCUCGGAUCUUGCGUGGAGGACUCAUCAGCCAUAAGUUCAAUAUCCAAUGAUGACACGUCGAUAUCCAAUGACACCCCAACGACGUCGUCGACAUUCAGCUCAUCUACGUCCACGACGCUCUCGACAACUAACUCCAGCAUCUCCGUGAAGACAAUGUCUGAAAGCCCCCAAACGACAAAGGAAUUCAGUUCAACAGCAACACAGCCAUCCAUCACAACCAUCAGCCCAACUUCCAAGCAUGGCAGUACUCCAAGGUCCUCAGAGGUCACCACGAACACAACGUGGUCAUCCACUGAGGUCACUUCGUCGACAGCGUCCACACUGAACACAUCUGACGUUACCACAACAACCACAAGGGACGUGUCCAUCACGACUGAGGAGACCACCCUGAUCACCACUCUGUCCAACCAUAGUGCCACUCCAAAUACAUCCGACGACACAGUGACCACAAGUCACAGGCCCACCACACCCACGGACAUGUCAACAACUCAGUCCCAGUCAAGCAUGACUGAGGAGACCACCCUGACCACCACUCCGUCCAACCAUAGUACCACUCCAAAUACAUCCAACGACACAGUGACCACAAGUCAUGGGUCCACCACAUCCACGGACACGUCAACAACUCCAUCCCAGUCAAGCAUGACUGAGGAGACCACCCUGACCACCACUUCGUCCAACCAUAGUACCACUCCAAAUACAUCCAACGACACAGUGACCACAAGUCACAGGCCCACCGCACCCACGGACAUGUCAACAACUCUAUCUGGGCCAAACAUGACUGAGGAGACCACCCCGACGCCCUCUCCGUCCAACCACAGUGCCACACCAAAUACAUCCAAUGAUACACUGACCACAAGUCACAGGCCCACCGCAGCCACGGACACGUCAACAACUCCAUCCCAGUCAAGCAUGACUGAGGAGACCACCCUGACCACUGCUCUGUCCAACCAUAGUACCACUCCAAAUACAUCCAAUGAUACACUGACCACAAGUCAGGGGUCCGCCACACCCACGGACACGUUGACGACUCCAUCCGUGUCAGAGACAUCCACCAACUCAAGCCUUCCUGAGAUCACAGUGACCACAAUGAGGGUGUCCACCGGGACUGAGGACACCUCUCUGACCACCACCAAAACCACGGAGGAGACUUCCAAAAGCACCACGCCGACUCCCCUAGAGCCCCCUGUGGGGAUCUCCCUCAGUUUCCACAUCACUAACAGGAAUUUCACUAAAGAAUUGAAGAAUGAGUCCAGUGAGGAGUUCAAGACGCUGAACAAGACCAUUGGGGAGAUGUACCAAGCCAUCUACAACUGUUCCGGGUGCCCGGACCGUGAGGACUUCCUUGGAUACAGGAUCAUCUCCUUCAGAAAUGGCUCCGUGGCAGUGGACUCAGAGCUGCGGUUCCGGGCCAACAAUCGCACCACCAGCCAUGAGUUUGUGAAUGGAGUGGAAAGCAACCUGACGCAUGCAAAUGAGUCGAGUCUGCAGAACCUGACUGUGUCAGCCGUCGAAGCAAAUUUCAGCACGACCACGCCAUCCACAACGAAGUCACCCACUCCGACCACCUCAUCAUCCAGACUGACCACCAUUCCCACAACAUCUGGGGCCACCCUGACCCCAACCCCGCUGUCUGGAAGCACCAGCCCUUCUGAGGAGACCUCACCGACUUCCUCGCCAUCCACAACGAGCAACAACACUUCCCCGACCUCCUCUCAGCCCGGCCGGAACAUCACUGAAACCACGAAGGAGCCCCCCGAAACCCCUUUGCUCUUUGUCUCCCUCAGUUUCCACAUCAUCAACAGGACCUUCACUGAGGAAUUGAAUAAUUCCGCCAGUGAGAAGUUCCAGAGCAUGAGACGGACCGUCAUUGAAGUGUAUAAUGACAUCUACAACUGCUCAACGUGCCUUGACCAUAGCGACUUCGUGAGAUACGGGGAGAUCUCCUUCAGCAAUGGCUCUAUCGUGGUAAACUCGGUGCUGGUCUACCGGGCCACCAAUCGCACCCUCAGCAAAGAGUUUUUGACCGAUUUGGAAUACAGCCUGAAGAAUGCAAGUGAGGAGAAGCGCGGGGACCUGAACGUGACAGACGUCAAAGCGGUCAGACUCCCCACGGCGCCUACAACGGGGCCCUCCACAACCAAGCCGACCACAACAGAGGCAACACACAGGACCGGCGACACCUCCCUGACCGUCUCACCAUCCAGCUUGACCACCACUCCCAAGCCGUCUGAGGACACGCUGACCCCAAUGCAGCCGUCCAUCUCACCAGAGGACCACACUUCGACGGAAAGCCACAGCUCCCCCGAGGACACCUCGCCGACCUCGCCGUCUACCCCGUCCAGCACCAAGGAGACCACCAAGGCUCCCACGACUACCACGACACCCGUCGUGCUGCUCUCCCUCACUUACCACAUCACAAACCGGAAUUUCACUGUGGAAUUGAAGGAUCGAAAGAGCAAGCCGUUCCAAGACCUAUCUGAUAUUAUUGGCAAGAUGUACCAAGCAGUGUAUAACUCAUCUUCUGUGGAUCGCAAAGAUUAUCUUGGAUACUAUAUAAAUUCCUUCAGCCCUGGCUCUGUGAAGGUGGACUCUGAAGUGCGUUUCCGGAAGAACGAUCAUACCUCCAGGCCUGAGUUUGUAAGCCAAGUGGAAACAAGCCUGAGGGAAGCAUCUAAGGACAGUGCCCAGGGCCUGACGUUGACAGACAUCAAAGCCACGGAAAUCCUUUCCACGAGUGUCCCAUCCACAACGAAAUCGGACGACUCGCACGGCGUCCCCGGCUGGGGCAUCGCCCUCCUGGUCCUGGUCUCCAUCCUCCUCUUCCUGGCCUUGCUAGCCUUGCUGUACCUGAUCGUCCACUGGUGCCGGCGGCGACACCGGGGCCACCUGGACCUCAUCAGCACUCGGGACUCCUACCACCCCAUGAACGAGUAUCCCACGUAUGAGACCCACGGGAGGUACGCGGCGCCCGGCAGCAAGCAGAACCCGUACAACGAGACGCUUCCCAGAAACGGCACCACCGGCUUCUCCUACACCAACCCCGCCAUGACCAACGACAACCUGUAGGGGGCAGCCUUGGGGACGGCUGGUCAAGGGGGCAUCUCAAGGGACCGUGGGGUCAAAACGGCCGGGACUUGACCAGCAACCCAUUUGUGUCUAUGUGGGAUUCCCGCGAUGAUGUCAUAAAUGAUCACCGGCAUCCGCUAUCAUCUGUGUCACUCAUCGCGAGAUAUAGAGAAGAGCAUGACCCUCUAUGUCUUUGUGUUGAUUCUCGGUGGAACUCCCUGCCGCAGGAAUCUCACCUCGAUCCCGACACCAAUAGGUGCAAAGAGCCUCAGACUUUCCACGUCCUCCAACGUGCCCUACUUAUGUGAUUUCUCUAAUAGCGAUAUGGCCUCGGUACUGCAAUACGUAGACGAUCUCAGGAUAACCGCUUCCAUUGCCUUCUGCAUGGAAAUUACUAUAAUAUAAUUUUAUUUAUAUGUAUUAUAAAUAGGAAGGGAUGUGUCGAAUCAGGGAUUCCUAUUGCUGCCCCACUCUCUUUCAAGCGCUCCGGGUUUUAGUCCGAACUUUAAAGGGCCUCAUCUCCUUAAUCGAGAGCUUUGUUUCGGACUAGGACCCGGAGCCGAUUCCCUGGAUAGAAAUGCCUAAGAAGCCCCAAGGAUGCAUGUUUCCAUGUCCGUUGUUUCAAAUCAGACGGAUGGUCAUCUGUCGGGAGGGCUUUGAUUGUGUCUUCCUUAAUGGCAGAAUGGGAUUGAAUGGGAGGACCCUUAGAAUCUAAGAUUCUAUGAUAAAUAUAUUAUAGAAGGCAGUUUGUCUAUCUGUGAUUUGAUGGCCAUCUGUUGGGAGGGUUUUGAUUGUGUCUUCCUUAAUGGCAGAACAGGGUUGAAUAAUACUUGAACAGGAUGGUACUUGGGGUCACUUCCAACACUAGGAUUCUAACUAUUCAUCUACCUAAUCUAUUUCCUUCUCUGGAGAGCUGUAAGCAGAGGCUGGAUGGCCAUCUGUCGGGAGGGUUUUGAUUGUGUCUUCCUUAAUGGCAGAAUAGGGGUGAACUGGAUGGUCCUUGGGGUCCUUUCCAACACUAGGAAUCUAUCUAUCUAUCUAUCUAUCUAUCUAUCUAUCUAUCUAUCUAUCCAUCCAUCCAUCCAUCUAUCUAAUUAUCUCCUUCUCUAGAGAGCUGUAAGCAGAGGCUGGAUGGCCAUCUGUCGGGAGGGUUUUGAUUGUGUCUUCAUUAAGAGCAGAAUAGGGUUGAACUGGAUAGUCCUUGGGAUCCUUUCCAACACUAAGAAUCUAUCUAUCUAUCUAUCUAUCUAUCUAUCUAUCCAUCUAUCUAAUUAUCUCCUAUCUAUCGAAUUAUCUCUGUAAGCAGAGGCUGGAUGGCCAUCUGUCGGGAGGGCUUUGAUUGUGUCUUCCUUAAUGGCAGAAUAGGACUGGAUGGCCUUUGGGGGUCCCUUCCAACGCUAUGGCAGUUCCUGAGAAGCCCAACUUGGAUGCAUGAAGGAGCAGAUUGGAGGCGGGGAGUGCAAUGUCAUUCAAACCAUAGAACUUUCUGUUCCGCACUUGCUGCAAAUUCCAGAUUCGAGGCGCUUUCCGAUCAGGGAGGCUCAGGGCGCGGCCGCAAAGGAAGGGGGGUAAAAAAUGGCUUAUUUAUGAAACUUUUCGCAAUAAAGGCACUUGCGGCAAACAUC